AUGAAAACGUGCUUCGCUUCGAUUCUUAGCCUCCCAUUAAAAGCGCUUCUUUGGCCAUUUUCUAUUCAUUUGGUUUCGUCCAACUCUCAGCUGUCGAAAAAAAUGCUUUAUAAUUUUAUCGAGAAUCCGGUUGGUCUUUUUGAAAUUUUUUUGAAAAUAGUUGAAAAAAAUGUGUUACGUUCCUUGAUUACUUAAAAAGCUGUCAAUUCUUGCUAGUUAUCCUGAAAUAUAUCAAAUGGUUGUAGGUACUAGUAAUUUUAACAGUGUUUAAGUGACCACUUAAUUAGCCCCUUGUUAAUAAGAUUAUUUUUUUUUCCUUCCUUAAAGGUUUUUCAAUAUAAAGAUAUUAUUUUUCAAGUUUGUAACGAUAUUUUUGGACUUUAUUAAGACUCUCCCUCUGUCAACACCAGUCUACGAUGGAAUCCAAAAAAAGAAGCCGUCAUUGAAAUUUUCGGAGAAGUUUUUUGCGGGUCAACAAGGGUUCGUUUUUGAUAUUCCGGGUUUUUUUAAAAAAAGUAUAUAAAUUUUAAUGAAGCUUCAAAAAAACCUUUAGUAGAAAAAAACUGGUCUAUGUAAUAUUUGAAGCUUUUGAAAAAUUCAUUCAAAUUCUUGUAUAAUCCCAUAAAAUUUUUGGUCUUUAACUGUCAAGAAGUGAAAGCUGCGGUGGAUUAACUAUAACUUUUUAUUCUAAUAUUUUUGAAUACAAUUUUUUCAGAGGCUUCUCUCUGGAGUUCGUUUCGCAUAAGGGUGUUCCUAUGAACAUGUCCGUCCGAAUGGGUCUCUACAACAGCGGACCGAGCACCAUCGUUUUCAACCACCUCAAGCGUGGAAGGUUGGCUUUUUAAAAGGGGAAAAUGUGCUCUAUUGCCAAUUUUCCAUAUAAAAAAACGUUACUUUUUCAAGAAAAACCUUUUUGAUUCGAAUUUUUAAAUUUGAUAGAAACGGAAAGCACAAAUUCCAUAUGUUGACCGCUUUUUCGAUCUCAAAAUUCAAAAAUAUAAUUUCUAAUAAAAAAAUUCUAAAUUUUACACUAAAUCAAAAAAACCGUGACCGCAAGUGGAAUGGCUCAACGGCUCCCUCAAAGUCCGUCCGACUUAAAACGACUUGCGCGCGAAUCGCCAUCCAAAAAGCUGCUGAACUGAAAAUCGGCUGUAGAGCUAUUCCAAACGCGACGCUAUGCUUCUGUAGAGUUCAAAUUCGACGUGUGUAGCGAAUUAAUUUCAAGGGUUCUCUCUAGGGUUGUCAAUCUGAUUGGCCGCGUUUCUUUAAAACUUCGAACGCGAAUUCGGUUUCUUUUUUUGAAAAGCAGUCAUUAUUCAAUUCAAAUAAUCAUUUUCGAUUCAGUUGGCACAAGGAAACGCACCACGCAAAUGUGUUCAGCUUGGGAACACCCUUCCACAUGAGAAUCGUCAAUUGCCGGAGGCAUUACUCGGUAAAAAUUUUGAAAAAACUUUAUUGCUUUUAGAUCCAAUUCAAUUAGUUUUAAGGUCCACGUGAACGGAGCGAAAAUCUGCGAUUUCCAUCAACACGAGAACCCAAAACACGUCAAUUCCUUCAAAAUCCGAGGCGAUCUCAAAGUUUCGCGAAUUAACUUUGAAAAUUUCAAGCAUGGCAACGGCAAAGGUUCCUUUCUAGAUAUUUUCAAAUAAUCACACGUACUGUAUUGAUUUUACUCGAUUCAAGGCUUUUCAAGACUUGCUACUGAAAAUUUCAUUUCUUAAUUUUCUCAGAAAACACUUUACCACUACUUCAUAUUCAUUUCGUAAUUGCAGGAACCCAAGUUGGUCUCGUCGCGACACCUACCGUAGUCCAGCCAAGAACAGUGAUUAUCACUCAGCCAAAGCCCACUUUAUAUCCAUCUCUCCAGCCGCAAGUUGUCAUUCCCAGUGCUCCGAUCUACGUCCCAGAAAAUGAAGUAUACUGUAGCCGAAAUUCAGCUGUAAAUUUAAUAUUUUCAUUUCAGGUAAUCAUCAUCAACGGCCAACCUCAUUAUCGCGUACAAUACUAG